AUGGAAAAGCAGAAAGAACUCGACCACGAAAAACAAAACCUUAAGAGUCUUAUUGAAGAGGAGCGGCGCGUUGCAGCGGGGAUAGAAAAACUGACAGGGGAAGCCCCUGAGGAGGAGACUCCACAAGAAGUUGCACUCGCUGAACAAGAGGCGCAGCCCCCAGAAGAGCACGCAGCUGAGGAAAAAGCCGCAGAAGAAAAGGCUGAGGAGAAGAGCGCUGAGCUAAACAAAGCCGAAGCCACAGAAGAAAAGGCUGAGGAAAAGAGCGCUGGGGCAAACGAAGCCGAAGAGGCAGAAGAAAUGGCUGAGGAGAAGACCGCUGAGCCAAACGAAGCCGCGGCUCUCACUUCUGAGCCCACAGAAGCGGAGCCAGAGGAAGCGCCGCAAGAAGCUUCUGCUCAAGAAGCAGACGGCGAGGAAGAUGCCUCUGAAGAGGUGGGAUUGUCUACUUCACAAGCAAAAUUGAAGGCUUAA